GUAUCGUACUAUUGUAGCUAAAAAUAACACUCACACUAAACACAAUAAUAUUCACCUUCCCUUUCCUCCACUCAUACUCUCACUCACACACAUGCACUCAAAUCUACUUUAUCUUCUUUAAAUUUUCUUCACACCAAAACAACUCUUCCACUCAUCACACCCCUCUCAAAAUGGCACCAUUUCCUUACCUCAUCAUUCUCUUGUUCUUCUACACUACCACACUCCCACUUUCUACUUCCACCCCACAAAAACAAACUUUCAUAAUCCAAGUCCAACACAAUUCCAAACCAUCCAUUUUCCCAACACACAAAAACUGGUACGAAUCCUCACUCUCAUCAAUCACAAAAACAACCUCAAACAACAUUAUCCACACAUACGACACCGUUUUUCACGGUUUCUCAACAAAACUAACACAAUUAGAAGCUCAAAAUCUUCAAAAACUUAGCCACGUCAUCACUAUUAUUCCCGAACAAAUCCGAACACUUCACACAACACGUUCACCAGAAUUUCUCGGGUUAAAAACCGCCGCGAAAACUGGUUUGCUCCAUGAAACUGACUUUGGGUCGGAUCUUGUUAUUGGAGUUAUUGACACCGGAAUCUGGCCGGAGAGGCAGAGUUUCAAUGACCGUGAACUUGGUCCUGUUCCGGCGAAAUGGAAAGGAAGUUGCGUUGCUGGGAAAGAUUUUCCGGCGACGGCGUGUAACCGAAAGAUCAUCGGAGCUAAGUAUUUCUCCGGCGGGUAUGAAGCUACCAGCGGAAAGAUGAAUGAAACAACUGAGUUUCGUUCUGCUAGAGACUCCGACGGACAUGGAACUCACACUGCUUCAAUCGCCGCCGGGAGGUAUGUUUCUCCGGCGAGUACUUUGGGUUAUGCUAAAGGUGUCGCCGCCGGUAUGGCUCCGAAAGCUCGUCUCGCGGUGUAUAAAGUUUGCUGGACGGGUGGUUGUUUUGACUCCGAUAUACUUGCGGCGUUUGACGCCGCCGUGGCUGACGGUGUUGACGUGGUUUCUCUCAGUGUCGGUGGUGUUGUUGUUCCGUACCAUCUUGACGUUAUUGCUAUAGGUGCUUUUGGAGCUUCUGAUGCCGGAGUUUUUGUUUCUGCAUCAGCUGGUAACGGUGGGCCAGGUGAGCUCACCGUUACCAAUGUAGCUCCGUGGGUGGCAACUGUCGGUGCUGGGACAAUUGAUAGAGAUUUUCCUGCUGAUGUGAAGCUUGGGAAUGGUAAGAUUAUAUCUGGAGUUAGUAUAUAUGGUGGGCCGAGUUUAACUCCGGGUCGAAUGUACCCGGUUGUGUAUGCCGGCAGUGGUGAACACGGUGGUGGAGAAGGUGGUGAUGGUUAUUCAUCUUCACUUUGUUUAGCAGGUUCUUUGGAUCCUAAGUUUGUAAAAGGGAAAAUUGUUGUUUGUGAUAGAGGGAUUAAUUCAAGAGGUGAUAAAGGUGAAGUAGUGAAGAAAGCUGGUGGGAUUGGUAUGAUUUUAGCUAAUGGGGUGUUUGAUGGUGAAGGGUUAGUAGCCGAUAGCCACGUGUUGCCUGCGACGGCGGUUGGGGCUAUAGGCGGUGAUGUAAUUAGGAGUUAUAUCGCCGAUGGAGCAAAGUCGCGGUCAUUGCCAACCGCGACUAUUGUUUUUAAAGGUACUAGGCUUGGGGUUAGGCCAGCUCCUGUGGUGGCGUCAUUCUCAGCGAGAGGGCCUAACCCUGAAUCGCCUGAGAUUUUGAAACCAGAUGUUAUUGCACCUGGUUUGAAUAUUCUAGCUGCUUGGCCGGAUCGAGUUGGACCUUCUGGUAGUGCGUCUGAUCAUAGAAGGACUGAGUUUAACAUAUUGUCCGGUACAUCGAUGGCUUGUCCUCAUGUUUCAGGUUUAGCCGCUUUGUUGAAAGCGGCUCACCCUGAUUGGAGUCCAGCAGCUAUUAAAUCAGCUCUUAUGACAACUGCUUAUACUGUCGAUAACAAAGGCGAUCGAAUGUUGGAUGAGUCUAACGGGAACGUUUCAUCGGUAUUUGAUUAUGGAGCUGGGCAUGUUCAUCCAGAGAAAGCAUUGGAUCCUGGUUUGGUUUAUGACAUUUCAGUCUAUGAUUAUGUUGAUUUCUUGUGUAACUCAAAUUACACUACUACGAAUAUUAAAGUGAUCACAAGGAAAAUUGCAGAUUGUAGUAAUGCCAAAAAAGCAGGGCAUUCUGGAAACUUGAACUACCCAACAUUAUCUGCAGUUUUUCAACAAUAUGGAAAACAUAAAAUGUCUACACAUUUUAUUAGGACUGUGACAAACGUUGGUGACCCAAAAUCAGUUUACAAAGUAACAAUCAAUCCACCUGAAGGAAUGGUAGUAACUGUGAAGCCAGAUAUGUUGCCUUUUAGAAGGGUUGGUCAGAAAUUGAACUUUCUUGUUAGGGUACAAACUAGGGAAGUUAAGCUUUCACCUGGAAGUUCUUUAGUGAAGAGUGGUUCCAUAGUUUGGUCUGAUGGGAAACACAUUGUCACAAGUCCCUUGGUUGUCACAAUGCAACAACCUCUUGAUUAGUGUUUUUUUUUUUUUAGGUUUUAUGUGUGUGUAGAAAUUUUGGCUUUUUAUCCUAUAAUGUGUUAUUUUCAGGUGUUUUCAUUUCUAAGAAGUGGUGAAAAAGUUGAUUGUAAGAAAUGGUAUGAAGGGAAAAAAAAGUUUCAUAAAAAUAGAAAGUUUGGAAGUAGUAUAUGUAUAUCUUUGAUGUUGUAAAAUUAAGAAUGUAUGUAACAAAUGUUGUGUUUGGAACAGGACAUGUAUAUUGGAAAUAUCUCUUUCCUUUUUGAGUAAA